AUGAAUGAAAGGUAUUCAUAUCUAUCUAUCUAUCUAUCUAUCUAUCUAUCUAUCUGCUUGAUUUUAUAUUUCCUUGCCAAUCGUCCUCAAUUAAAUCUCUCCCUUCCUCUCUCUCUAUCUCUCUCUCACACACACACACUUUGUGUUUCUCUAUCUAUCUAUCUAUCUAUCUAUCUAUCUAUCUAUCCAUCUAUCUAUCUAUCUAUUCCAACGAAAUUCAAAAUUGCCGCUACAAUGAGUCGGACGUUUCGGACAGACUGUUCGCAUGUUCCUUCUCCAGACCUGACGCACUCUGACUUCUUCCUCUGGGUGUAUGUGAAAGGCCUCGUGUACGUAUCUCCCCACCCCAGAAACGUGGAUGAUCUGAAGACGCAAGUAACUGAAGUCUUGGCAAAUAUCAACAACGCUAAUCUUGCUUUUUCAUAUCUAUCUAUCUAUCUAUCUAUCUAUCUAUCUUCUUUUUCAUAUCUAUCUAUCUAUCUAUCUCGAUCAGUUCAUUAUCUAUCUAUCUAUCUAUGUCAGUCUGAUCAUAUCUAUCUAGGAUUUUUCAUAUCUAUCUAUCUCUUUUUCAUAUCUAUCUAUCUAUCUAUCUAUCUAUCUAUCUAUCUAUCUAUCUAUCUAUCUCAGUCUGUUCAUAUCUAUCUAUCUAUCUAUCUAUCUCGAUCAGUACAUUAUAUAUCUAUCUAUCUAUGUCAUAUCUAUCUAGGGUUUUUCAUAUCUAUCUAUCUACUAUCUAUCUGUUUAUCUAUGUCAGUCUGA